GCGAUCCGUAAUCGUUCGGAAGCUUUUCCAAAGGCAAACAGUCAGUCGACAUCCGCCAACGCGCUUAGACAUUUGAAAGGAAGCACUAUUUUCACACAUACAUUGAGACCGACACACAGGAUGCGCUCCCUCUGGCUGCUGCUCGGCUUGGGGCUUCUGGUUUUCAGCCAGGUCCAGGCCUCCUCGGAGGUUGAGGAUGAACUGGCGGACCUCGACCUGUCCGAAAUCGAUGAGAACGAGGAGGAGUUCCUGCGUCUGCUCGAAGAGAAGGCCAAGAUCAAGGAUGUGGAGCGGGAGAACGAGUUGGUCAGCAAGUUGGCCGAGGUCCAGCACAACCUGCUUAACCCCGUCGUUGAGGUGGAUCUCUGUGAGACUAUGCCCUGCGGAGCCGGUCGCAUUUGCCAGAUGAUCGGCGAGAAGCCCCAGUGCGUGUGCAUUCCAGAGUGCCCGGAGGAGCUGGACACCCGCCGACUGGUGUGCACCAACACGAACGAGACCUGGCCGUCGGAUUGCUCCGUUUACCAGCAGCGCUGCUGGUGCGACAGCGGAGAGGCGGGCUGCACCAAUCCGGACAACGCCCACAUGCACAUCGAUUACUACGGAGCCUGCCACGAGCCGAGGAAGUGCGAGGGCGAGGACCUGAAGGACUUCCCCAGGCGCAUGCGCGACUGGCUGUUCAACGUGAUGCGCGAUCUGGCCGAGCGCGAUGAGCUGACCGAGCACUACAUGCAGAUGGAGCUGGAGGCCGAGACCAACAACUCGCGUCGCUGGUCCAACGCCGCGGUUUGGAAGUGGUGCGAUCUGGACGGCGACACCGAUCGCUCCGUCUCCCGGCACGAGCUCUUCCCCAUCCGUGCUCCGCUGGUCAGCCUCGAGCACUGCAUCGCCCCCUUCCUGGAGUCCUGCGACUCCAACAACGACCAUCGCAUCACCCUGAUCGAGUGGGGCGCCUGCCUGGAGCUGGACCCCGAGGAUCUCAAGGAGCGUUGCGACGAUGUCCAGAGGGCUCAGCCUCACCUCCUGGGUUAACACUAAGCCCCAGUUUCCCCUCAUUACUCUUGCGGAGAGCAUUAGUUACUAUUUGCUUCCUUAAUUAAAAAAUUUCAACAUUUUUCCUAAGUGCUUGUUCAGUGAAAAUAAACGAAAAACUCUUGAUAUUAACUGCAUGUAA